AUGAACAACUACGCUGCGAUGGGAGGUAUGGGAGAAUCAACACACCCGGCAGAUAUGUCAGAACAACAGUGGGGAAUUGUCAUUAGGGACAAUGCCCUUCUCUGUGGCCACAGUAUAGUAACUGGUGAGGUCAAUACGGAUGGCUCAGCGAGCACAGUUGCUGUUAGUAUCGAACGGGCUGAGUACCCUGCCUUUGUGCUUAAGCCUCGCGAGUUUCAACCGUAUGAUCUCGGAAUUGCAGAUACAGGGGAUGGUGUUGUGCAAUCCUAUCGAAUUCCUCGUUUCCAGGUAGACGAUGAUGCAUAUGUGAAACAAAUCGAAACGAAAACCUCGCUACAAUUAUCUAUGGCUGAAAGUUCAUUUUCUGCGACAGAUGUUGAAGCAGCUGUAGGGGGCGGUGCUUUCGGCGCCUCCAUCGGGGCAAAGGCAGGAGUGAAGCUUUCCAACUCUCAAGGCAGUGCAAAAGACAUGACCACCGACAAAGAGAAUUUGACCAUGACGUAUAAUUUCCCACGAGUCCGUAUGACAUUCGACAGUGAUUCACUAGAUCUAUCAAACGAAUGCAAAAAAGACCUCGAAAACAUCAGUGAUAUCAAUCAGAUAGACCGUUUUGUUAAGAAAUACGGGACAUUCUACUCAAGACGUGUCCAACUAGGCGGUCGCUUAUACUGCUCAAACGCUAAAGAGUCGAGUGGACAAGCCAGCGAGACAGAAAGAACUGCUGCAUUCAAGGCUGCUGCAAGUGCAUCUUUUUCAUCUGCGUUUGCGACUGGAUCUGCUAGUGCUAGUUAUGAACAGGGAGGUGCUUCAAAGGCAUCGGAGAAGGCUGCCGAUUUGAAUAUAUCCAUUGAAUGGCAGGCACAGGGAGGGGACACAUUGCUUUCUAACAAUCCACCGAUGUGGUGUCCUACUGUCGCUUCCUUCUACAAUUGGCGCGUUGUCAAGCAAGAUGAUGUGCAACCCUUAAUCAACGUCAUCGGACAAAUCCCUGGAUAUGAAGAUAUUCCAGAAAAAGUUCGCAACAUUCUCGAAGCAGAACAGACCAAACAACCACCUGUUGAUUUUACUGGUCCUGGAGUAUACUCGCUCAUAGAUCGCAAUAGUCAAAAGGCAAUUGAUCUGAGUGCCGGGAAACGAGACGAUGGGACCAAGAUACAGAUCUAUGAAUGGCAAAGCGGAAAUCUGAACCAGUAUUGGUACCUCUCAGAUGCUGGAAAUGGUCAGUAUCAUAUUCUUAGUGGUCAGACGGGGGCAUACCUUACUUUUGGAGGUAAUUAG